CUUUUUCUUUCCAGAGAUCGUUUUCUUCUUGUAGCUCUCAUUCUUUGAAUAUCAAUUUUUGCCGUCGAAAGCCUUUUUCAUCUCAGAUCAAAUCCUUAGAAUCACUUUUCAUUCUCUGCAAAUCGGAGGAAAGUUUUUGACGAAAAUUUCUUUUGUAACCGAAAACCCUAGUUUCGAUGGCGGAUCAUUCCGGCGACUCUGAACGGAAAACUCGGCUCUACCAUCCAUACCAGGAUCUCCAUGUCCCAAUCCAAAACCUCUACAACCUCCCGACCUCCCCUGAAUAUCUAUUUGACGAAGAGGCUGCAGUUCAACGCCGCUCGUGGGGUGAGAAUCUACAGUACUACACGGGUUCUGGUUACCUAACUGGUGCCAUCGUUGGAGCAGGGAAAGGGUCUAUUGAGGGAAUCAAAGCUGCUGAGCCUGGGGAUACCAUGAAGUUAAGGAUCAAUAGGAUUUUGAAUUCUGGUGGCCAGACUGGAAGAAGGUAUGGGAAUUCUUUAGGUGUUGUGGGCUUGAUCUUUGCUGGGCUGGAGAGCGGGUUUAUACAUAUCAGGGACACAGAUGACGUGUUGAACAGUGUUAUGGCUGGGUUGGGUACUGGAGCUCUGUACAAGGCGGCUUCUGGGCCACGAUCUGCUGCUGUUGCUGGGGCACUUGGAGGUUUGGCAGCAGGUCUUGCGGUUGCAGGAAAGCAGGCUUUCAAAAGAUAUGUUCCCAUAUAGAGAGUACUAGUUACUUCUUUUUUUAUCUUUAUUGUUAUUUAAUUCGUUUCAGAUUGGAUUCUCGUGGGUAAUUGGGGUUUUCAUGAGCUUGGGGUCAUUCUUGAUGAAUUUGAUGGGAUUGGUAUAGUGCUUGCCCAAUUGUUAUCUGUAAAUCAAUCCGUCGACUUGUCUUUUUUUAUUCUUCCUAUUUGAAGGAAAUUUUGAAUCAGUGAUAUAAAGAUUUCUCACUUUAGGGUAUUGAAUU